AUCUAAAUCAUAAUUCAAAAACUUGGCGGUCUUGCUGACAGUGUAAAAUGUUAGUUUUUAGAUAUAUUCAUUGUAGAUACAUUCACUUAUUUUGAUUCUGUUAAAACCCGACCUAGCAGGUUCUCUGAAAGUGUGGAUGACUGGAUUUUAUGCCUUUAUGAAAUUAUGAACGUGUGUGUGUGUGUGUGAGAGAGAGAGAAUGUGUGUGUGUCUGUGUGUAUCUGUGUGUGUGUGCAUAAGCAGCCUACAGCUUUCGGCUGAAGAGUAAUAGGAGUCGAGCUGAAAUGUGGGAGUUGUGUCAUGUCAUGAUGCAGGAGAUGAAUGGCUGACUUUUCUAAUCGGAGCAGGCGUAGCGUGGACGGCUCGAGCUGAUGUGUGGGUGCACGGGCUGCUCUCCUGACAUUUUUUUGGGAAACAAUACAUAAGAAGUGUGUAUGAGUCCAUGCAGCGAUCACAGAGACGGGAGGAGGGACGCGUGAACGUCCCGUCACACCGGGAUGCACCGGCUAUUGCAACAACACCACCAAAGGGGGGAACGGUUCUGAACCUGACCGAGGCUAUUUUAGGCCUUAUUUACUGCAAAAUAGCCAUGUAAAUAAACCUGCUUCCCACCGGGGAGCUUGGCUGUUUACAGGGCUGUUUGGGAAUCGAUCGUUCAGACAGUGGCUUCUUUUGAUUAAACCCCAAAUUGUCAUUGGGCAGAAGCAAUCAUGUGACAGCUUUUCGGUCCAAUUUCAACCAUGUUUCCAUGUGAAUUCAAUCCUUUAAUAGUGGAACGGUCCACCUAGGACUGUAAUCAGCAUAUCACAAAAUAAUAAUAAAUAGCACCUAUUUUAAUAUCUUGUUUUGCAUAUUUUUAAGCACUAGCAGCGAAGUAAACAUCUACUCCUCGCGAGACAGCCAUGAAUUACGAGUUCGAGCGUGAAACGGGUUUUAUCAAUAGCCGGCCAUCGCUCGCGGAGUGCCUGACGUCUUUUCCCCCUGUCGACGACUCGUUUCAGAGCUCAUCAAUCAAGGGCCCAACGCUUAUCCCGCCUCCCUUCGAGCACACAAUCCCUAGCCUAAGUCCCGGGAGCCAGCCGCGCCAUGGACGACCCCGGCACAGCCUGGACGGGGGCAGCCCGUUGCCUGCAGCUUCUAUGCCACCGGAGUAUCCGUGGAUGCGCGAGAAGAAGGCCUCCAAGAAACACAACCAUCCUCCUCAAACGACCACCGCUGCGCCCACGGCUGCUGGCCCCGUCAUCUGCUUCUCUCCGAAAGGUUCACCCGAGCUUCCUACCGAGGUUGGUUUGGCGAGCGGUGGAGGAGAAGCAGGGGGAGGAGGAGGCUCUCGCCGGCUGAGGACUGCAUACACAAACACGCAGCUUCUGGAGCUGGAGAAGGAGUUUCACUUCAACAAGUACUUGUGCCGGCCGCGCCGCGUGGAGAUAGCAGCUUUACUGGACCUGACCGAGCGUCAAGUCAAGGUGUGGUUUCAGAACCGUCGUAUGAAACACAAGCGGCAGACCCAGACCAAGGACGGUCAGGAAAAGCUGAGGAACACAGCGGCUGAGGAGGACAGUGGUGCGCAGAGCGAUGAAGAGACCUCUGUGUUCGAGCCUAGCCUCGGUCAGGAGUCGAGGGCCCUCCCGGAUAAAGAUCUGCGUUCCUUUCAACCGGAGUCAUCUUCAGUUUCUCAGCAGCUUCACAACUUCUCCAUGUCGCCCCUCGGUCUUAACGACCUGGACACGUCUCCAGCCCACAAACACGUCUCCAGCCCCUCACCCACGCUAUCGGGCCACAGACCGCCCUCCUCCAGCCCGGACAACUGCAGCUCCCCGCUGACUCUGGACGUGUCUCUGAAGGACUUCCACGGUUUCUCUGCGGAUUCGUGCUUACAUCUGUCCGACGCCGCUUCGCCGACACUGUCCGAGUGUCUGAGCACCCCAGAGCAUCUAUCCACGGAUAACUUCUGCUUUUUCACGGACGCUUUAAGUACAAUCGAUCUGCAGCAUCUGAACUAUUGAGAACUGCGACACUGGAAUGAUGUGCUCUUCAUCUAAAGGAUAUGUUGUUAUCGCUUAUUUGUCAGAUGGGCACAUCUUCCUGAUAGGUUAACAUUAAAUGGUUAAAGGUAAGAUUCUCUGUGCAUAGAAUGCUGUGUAUCAUAGACUGUAUGCAGUAACGCACAAACGAACCAAUGAAUAGGUUUUAGCUAAAGAUGGAUUCGACUGUUUUUAUUUUUGUAACAGAUAUUUUUGUUAGAAUAAAAAUGUGCUUGUUUAUAAAAA